AUGGAGAUUGACACUGUCAUUGUCGGCAAUGGGCCAUCGGCCAUGAUCCUUUCGUACAUUCUCCACGGCCAUAUCCCUCUUUACACAUCCAAUCCGCCCCACCCAGAUCAUCUACUGGAUACCAAGCUGAAGGCUGCACCGGAGCUCUUGAAUGCCGACGUGGAUGGCCUAACGGCCCAUUUUGACGCCUCAAGGCUAUCCUACUCAACCCAGGCUCUGCCAAUCAAUGUCUUGCUAGACACACUUGUCCGACCAAGUGUUGAUGUUGACGAGCCUGGCUGCAUCUCGAAUGUUGAAUGGCGACGCCAGCCUGAAAAGGCCGUUUCGCAUGUUGUCUUUGGAAAGCCCUCCAACCCUGGAGGCCAAUGGACGGAGGACCCGCUAGGAGCUAGUUGGGAUAUUCAGACUUUAAGCUAUGCGGCUAUGCUAUCCUUGCCCGGAUACUCCUUCGCUGAUCACCAUGUGGCAACUACCGGCAAGACUUUGCCGCCGUAUACAAGACCUACACGGCGCGAAAUUGCGGAUUACUUUGCUGCGUAUCCGCAAGCUGCGGGGAUAGCCGAAUCUUUUCGAUGUGGAGAGGAAUUGAGCGGAAUAUCACGAACCGCAAGUGGGUUCUAUAUCCGCUCCCAUAAUGUUCACUGCAAGCGGCUGGUUCUAGCAAGCGGAAUAUUCUCCGAGGUCCUCCUGCCAGAGCCCUCCUUGCGCCCGAUUUUACGAACUACUCCCUCUCCCGAAACCCCCAUUCUCAUCGUUGGGUCCGGCUUUUCCGCCGCUGAUGCAAUAAUCUCCGCCGCUCCUGGCCAGAAGAUCUUGCAUGUUUUCAAAUGGUCCCCCAACGAUCGCCCAUCACCACUUCGGGCCUGUCACCAGCAAGCAUACCCCGAAUAUGCUGGUGUUUAUCGUCUCAUGAAACGGGCUGCCCUCGUUUCCGAGGCCAAGGGCAACGGAAAACAAAAGAGCCGUCGCGCCACCUCAACACCUUUCCUUGAAAGCAGGAACUGGGAUGACCUUUAUCAAGGUCUGCCAAAUGUUGAGAUGAUAGACGCAAAGCUCGAAGGAGAACUUGCACAUGUGACAUUCCGUCGUCAUGAUGACACUACCUUCACCCAAGUCGUCCGUGGGCUCGUCUAUGCUGCAGGCAGACGAGGGACCCUGGAUUACCUUGACCCUGAGCUCCGCUGUGAAGUGCUGGGGCCAGGAUAUCAACCAGACUCGGAAAUUACCGGCCAAACACUUCGCGCGAAGGCUGUUGAAAAUCUCGAGGUUGCCCCGAAUACUUUCAUAAUUGGAAGUUUGACCGGGGACUCUCUGGUCCGAUUUUCAUACGGCGGGUGCGUUGCUACAGCUGGCCGUCUAAUAGAUGGCGAACGCGACACCCGUAGCCUGUGUAGUAGCUUCGUUUCAUCGGCCAAGCUCCAUGAAUCUUCACUCUCUGUUAUGAACGGGAUGGACGGGCAUCUCAUAUAUCCCAAUGAUGACGCAGACCUCACCCGCGAAGAUACCUUCAGCAAGAUCUCCACUGUUACAGAUCAGACUGUGUUGCGCGGUUGGUGGAAAACGAUUUCUCGCUUGUGGAGUGGUCUCACGCGAUGA